CGGUUUGAACUGGAUACGAAACGUUGCCGCUUCCGAUUCCUUCCUGUCGGUCAGAUUUUACUCCAGUUCGGCAGAAAUGGCGGACAUGGAUGAAUUGUUCGGGAGUGAUGGGGACAGCGACAAUGACCAGCGAGAAUCUGGCUCUGGCUCUGGCUCCGGUUCAGACUCUGAGCAGGAAAGACCUCGAUCUGCCAGCAACGCUUCAGGCAGCGGCAGCGACAGUGACAGAGAACGGGAUAACGAUGAUGACGACCAGGAGGCAGGAAAAGCCAGUAUGAAUAAGGAGCUGUUUGGAGAUGACAGUGAGGAUGAGCAGCACAGUCAACACAGCGGCAGCGACAACCAAUCCGAACGCUCAGGAAACCAGUCAGACGCCAGCAUGCACUCCGACCAGGGGGAAAAUGAUCACUCUGAUGCAGAGCAGCACAGCGGCUCGGAGCACGAACACCGAGAUGAGGACGAAGACGAGGAUGACGGCGGCCACCGGUCGGAUGGAGGAAGCCCAGCUGGCAGCGGGAUGUCUGGUGGUGGAAGCCCUCAUUCUGACAGGGGCAGCGUCCCUUCAGACAGAAGUUUGCACAGUGAUCCUGGGACUCCACAGUCGGGUCCAGGUACCCCUCACUCUGAUGGGGAAGCUUCCGGCAGGGAGAACCAAUCAGACGAUGAGAAGUGGGGGGGGGGAGUUAAAAGCGACCAGUCGGAGGAUGAGGAGGAGAAACGUCGUUACUCUGAUGAAGACAGAGAGAACUCUGAUGAUGAAGGGCCGAGGAACAGGAAACCAGAGUCUGCAAAGGGCAGCGAUAGUGAAGAUGACUUCAUAAGGCAGAAAACCAAAGCAAAGCCUGCCUCUGAUUCAGAUUCAGACAGUGAUAUUGGAACGAAGAAAGUAAAGAAGACUGCAGCAGACGACCUGUUCGGAGAGGCUGACGACAUCUCAUCAGACAGCGAUGCAGAGAAGCCUCCGACCCCGGGACAGCCCCUGGAUACAGAGGAUGGGAUGGAGGGGGAGCAGGCAGAUGAGGAGCCUGCACCUGAAACUCGCAUUGAAGUAGAGAUCCCUAAAGUCAGCACUGACCUGGGAUCUGACCUUUAUUUUGUCAAACUGCCCAACUUUCUGUCUGUGGAGCCCAGACCCUUUGAUCCUCAGUACUAUGAGGAUGAAUUUGAAGAUGAAGAAAUGCUGGAUGAAGAAGGACGAACCAGGCUCAAACUGAAGGUGGAGAAUACAAUCCGGUGGAGAGUGAAGAGAGACGAGGAGGGAAAUGAAACACGAGAAAGCAAUGCACGUAUUGUCAAAUGGUCCGAUGGCAGCAUGUCCCUCCACCUGGGGAACGAAGUGUUUGAUGUUUACAAAGCUCCUCUCCAGGGAGACCACAACCACCUGUUCAUCCGACAGGGUACUGGACUGCAAGGGCAAGCUGUGUUCAAAACCAAACUCACAUUCAGGCCCCACUCCACAGACAGCGCGACCCACAGGAAGAUGACCCUGUCCCUGGCUGACCGCUGCUCAAAGACACAGAAGAUCCGAAUCCUUCCCAUGGCUGGACGAGAUCCAGAGUCGCAUCGCAACGAAAUGAUUAAGAAAGAGGAAGAGAGGCUGCGAGCUUCCAUCCGCAGAGAGUCCCAGCAGAGGAGGAUGAGGGAGAAGCAGCACCAGAGAGGCCUGAGCAGCAGCUACCUGGAGCCCGACCGCUACGACGACGAGGAGGAAGGCGAGGAGGCCAUCAGCCUGGCAGCCAUCAAGAGCAAAUACAAGGGAGGAGGAGGCCUGAGAGAGGAGCGAGCCAGGAUCUACUCAUCAGACAGCGAUGAAGGCUCCGAUGAUGAUAAAGCCCAGAGGCUGAUGAAGGCCAAGAAGUUAGACAGUGAUGAGGAGGGUGAGGGAUCAGGCAAGAGGAAGGCAGAAGACGACGACGAAACGGCCACCAAAAAGGCUAAAAAAUAUGUAAUCAGCGACGAAGAGGAGGAGGAAGAGGAUGACGAAUAAUUCACUUUUUUUAUAUAUCAUUCCACUGUAUUAUCAGUGCUCAACCUACAUGGCGUACAAACAGCCAUAUUUCGUUUUGUACAUUUUCUUAUGACCUGUGUGUAGGUGGGUGAGUGUGUCUUCGUGUGUGUGAUUGUGUCUUUGCUUGUUCAUGUUGUGUACAGCAGAGGUGAGAAAUAAAGAAAUGGUUGUCUUAUGUAACUGAA